AUGCCCGUUGUACCUGAGCAUCCACAGGCGGCAUCCUGCAGUGACUCGGAACUGGAGAGGAGGCCUGGGCACAGCUUCCCGGGCUGUGUCUUGACUCGCUCGCACAAGCACAACGACCGCGACCACGUCGGCCUGGCUGACGGCACCGCCGAUCCGGAAGCUCAUCUCCCUCGCUACUUCGCCAAGUCCGGCUUCGCCGGCGCCGACCCCAAGAAGACGAAGAAAGAGGGCGGCGGCAAAGGCAACUGGGGCCGCGACGGCGACGAAGUCCAAGACUUCACGUACAAUAUGACAAACCCACGUCGGCGCUCCAACAGCAGCUCGACCGGCCCAAGCAGCGCCCUCAAGACCAAGUUCGAGACCGUCGAGGCCGAGCCCGUGUUCGAGGAGGAGCUGCACGGGCCCGUCACCGUUCCCGGCGGUGGCUCCGAGGACUCAGCCGCCGAGCUCGAACAUAGCAUUACGGGGAGCAGCAGCGACUUGAGCGUGCAGGAAGAGGAGUCGGGUAAGAAGAUGUGA